UUGCUAUUCAAAGCUCGCAUGUCAGCAUUCGACAUGUCUAAUCCAGAAACCUCUAAUGACACAUUCCGAGGGUUCUACACUCUUUUUUGGAUCGGAAUGGGAAUCUAUGUCAUCCAGACCGUCAUUCGUUGCUAUGAACAAGAAGGCAUCCCGCUCAGUCUUGGUUUCUUCCGACUCCUUUCCAAGGAUGGCUUGGCCUUAUUGGUAUCUGAUCUUACCAUGGUCAGCAUGACCUUUUUUAGUGUAUUGUUCUCUAAACUCCUUAUAUGGCGAGUUAUCGAGUAUGAGCGUACAGGCUGGAUUAUACAACAUGCUUGCCAAGCCCUUUUUCUAUUUCUCAACAUCAAUUGGAUCUUCUGGAGGGAUUGGCCAUGGGUGCAAUCAGGCUUCUUUACAAUGCAUACUGUAGUUAUGAUGAUGAAAAUGCAUUCCUACACUUCUUUAAACGGAGACCUAUCCGUCAAGUACCGCCGUCUUAAACAACUCAAGGCUCAAUUGCCCGAAUGGAUUGCCAGCCAUCAAAACCCGACUCCCGAAGAUGAAGCAACUUUAAAACACAUGGAAGAAGAAGUCGAGUUUCUGGAGGAGGAAUUGACUCAUGGCAAAACCACUUACCCGAAUAAUGUCACUCUCGCUAAUUAUCUUGAUUAUUUGAUCGUACCCAGUCUGGUUUAUUGGAUGGAGUAUCCUCGUACCGAAAGAAUUCGUCCCUGGUAUGUGUUCGAAAAGACUGUCGCAACACUUGGAACCUUUUUGUUACUAUACAUUACUACAGAGCGAUAUAUCCUUCCAAAGCUCUAUGAUCCAAACAUGUCAGAAGCCAGAGUUAUCAUCGAGUUGAUGUGCCCAUUUAUGAUCAACUAUCUCUUUAUCUUUUACAUCAUUUUUGAGUGUAUCCUCAAUGCAUUUGCAGAGCUCAGCAGGUUUGCUGAUAGAAACUUCUACGAUGACUGGUGGAAUAGCAUCACUUACGAUGAAUUUGCUCGUAAAUGGAACAAACCCGUUCAUCACUGGUUGCUGCGCCAUGUAUAUGCUCAAUCGAUCGAAUCCCUCAAGCUCACCAAGCAAAACGCAACAUUCGUUACAUUUUUACUAUCAUCAAUCCUCCACGAGCUGGUUUUGGUCAUUUGCACGCGUCGGGUACGCAUGUAUCUUUUUGUCCUCCAGAUGUUACAGCUCCCACUUAUCGUUCUUGGUCGACAUCCUUUGAUCCGGUCUCACCGUGUGAUCGGUAACCUCUUCUUCUGGCUGUGCAUGCUUUUUGGGCCCCCUCUGUUAGGAAUUCUGUAC